CGGAAGGCUGGCUUUCCGGAAAAUGUCAGCGGCAGCCGAGUGAGGUUCCUGUGCACGGUUUAGAGCGAUAACCUAGCAAAUUCAUACUAUCCAGUUGCACCAGUAGAGCUGCGGGUGUACCGGGACGCUGCCGUGAGCAUGGCGGACAGGGAGGAGAGGCCCUUCGCUGAAGUCCCCAGAGAGUCUGUCAAACUCAUGGCCGAGAGUGCAGAAGUGGAACUCAGCGACGAUGUGGCUGCUUUGCUGGUUGAAGAUGUCUGCUACCGGCUUAGGGAAGCCACACAGUCACAGGCGGUAGGGCUGCCGUUCCCCACCAAUGGGAGGUCGUUCACAUCGGGCAUGAGGACCACCUCCCAGUCGGUGAUCAAGCGUCAGAAAGUGAACCAGGAGAUGCACCCAACCCUGUGGUGUUUGUGGUCGAAAGACACCAGGGCUCUGAGGAAACACCUGACCCAGUCUGAGAUGCUGCGUGCAGCCAGAAAACCUCACCUCCCUGUCAG